AUGGAAAUUCACUUGAACAUUACCUUCCCCCACAUUCCUUGCGAAUUGCUCACUCUCGAUGUAAUGGAUGUAUCGGGCGAGCAGCAACACGGCGUGCAACAUGGUGUGAACAAAGUCAGACUUAGAGCUGAAUCUGAGGGAGGUGGUGUUAUCGAUGUCAAGGCGCUCGAUCUACAUCGGGAAGAUGAAGCGGCCAAGCACCUGGAUCCCAACUACUGCGGCCAGUGCUACGGAGCAUCUCCGCCGAGCAACGCAAUGAAGCCUGGAUGCUGCAACACCUGUGACGAAGUCCGGGAGGCAUAUGCGCAAGCAUCAUGGGCCUUUGGUAAGGGCGAAGGUGUCGAACAGUGCCAGCGUGAACAUUACGCUGAGCGAUUGGAGGAGCAGAGGCGUGAGGGCUGUCGUAUCGAGGGUGGGCUCCGUGUGAACAAGGUAGUUGGAAACUUCCACUUGGCACCGGGACGAAGCUUCAGUAAUGGCAACAUGCACGUUCACGACCUUAAGAACUACUGGGAGAACCCCAACGACGGCUACUCGUUCUCGCAUACGAUUCACCAUCUCCGCUUUGGUCCGCAAUUGCCAGAGUCGAUCACAAAGAAUAUGGGCUCGAAGGCUCUUCCCUGGACGAACCAUCACCAGAACCCCCUGGACGGCAUCAAACAGGUUACAGAUGACCCGAACUUCAACUACAUGUACUUUGUCAAGAUUGUGCCCACCUCGUACCUCCCUCUUGGCUGGGAGAAGAAGAAUCGCGGUGGAUAUACAGAGGAUGGUGCCGCGCUGGGCUCCUUCGGCCAAGGCGCAGACGGAAGCGUCGAGACGCACCAGUACUCCGUCACAAGCCAUAAGCGUAGCUUAGCUGGAGGUGAUGAUCGCGCUGAAGGCCACGAAGAGCGUCUGCACUCAAAGGGUGGUAUCCCAGGCGUGUUCUUCUCAUAUGACAUCUCGCCGAUGAAGGUCAUCAAUCGCGAGGAGAGGCCAAAGACAUUUGCUGGGUUCCUGACUGGCCUCUGUGCGGUCAUUGGCGGCACGCUUACCGUGGCGGCGGCUGUGGAUCGUGGUGUAUUUGAGGGCGCAACUAGGUUAAAGAAGAUGAGGUCGAAGGACUUGUAG